AUGGAAGAAAAUAUUAAAGGACUGGUGUUCUAUGUGAAUGGAGAGAAGGUUGUCGAUCCAGAGCCAGAUCCGGCAUGCUCUCUACUGAGAUAUCUGAGAAAGAAAUUACAACUAACAGGAACAAAACUGGUAUGUGGAGAAGGUGGUUGUGGAGCCUGUACUGUGAUGAUCUCAAAAUAUAACCUUACUGACGACAAAAUAUAUCAUUAUUCAGUCAAUGCAUGUUUGAUGCCUGUUUGUUCAGCCCAUGGUUUAGCUGUUACUACUACAGAAGGUAUAGGGAGUUUAAAAACCAGACUACACCCAGUUCAGGAACAAAUAGCCAAAUCUCAUGGAUCACAAUGUGGUUUCUGUACACCGGGUAUGGUGAUGUCCAUGUAUGCUUUAUUAAGAAACAACCCACAGCCAACUAUGAAAGAAAUAGAGAAGAAUCUGGAAGGAAAUCUCUGCCGGUGCACUGGAUAUCGACCUAUUUUGGAAGGAUACAGAGCAUUUUCAAAGGACGAGUGUGGUAUGGGAAAGGACUGUUGUAAAAAUCAGAAACAACCUGUUCAAAAUGGAGUAAGUGUAGUUCUUCAAGAACAUGACGACAGUAACUAUACACCAAUUUAUGAUUCAAGUCAAGAACCUAUAUUUCCUCCAGAACUAAAGGUAAACCACGAAAAAUACCACAAAGAAUAUUUGGUAUAUGAAAAAGAUGGUAUAAAAUGGUACAGACCAGUAACUUUACCAGAAAUUUUAGAUCUGAAAUAUCAGUUUCCACAAGCUAAAAUAAUCGUUGGAAAUACUGAAGUUGGCAUUGAGACAACAUUUAAGAAUAUGAAAUAUCCAAUCUUGAUCAACGCAUCUGAUAUCCCAGAAUUAACUGAGAUACAAAAUACAGAGACUGGUAUCAAAUUUGGUGCCUCUGUUACUCUGUCCAAAAUAGAAGACACACUUCAACACGCUGUAGACACCCAACCAGAAGAGAAAACCAAAGCUUUUGUUGCUGUUCUCGCCAUAUUGAAGUGGUUUGCUGGUAAACAGAUACGGAAUGCAGCAGCUAUCGGUGGUAACAUAAUGACCGCCAGUCCAAUAUCAGAUUUAAACCCUGUAUUUCAAGCUUGUGGUGUUAUAUUAAAUGUUCAAUCUAAAGAUCGAAUAGAUAGAAAGGUUCCAAUGGAUAUCAACUUCUUUACUGGAUACCGAAAAACAGUGGUUGAAGAUAAUGAGAUACUUGAGUCACUUGUUAUUCCAUUCUCCAAUCAGAAUGAGUAUAUCCAGAGUUAUAAACAAUCCAUUAGAAAAGAUGAUGAUAUAGCUAUAGUUAAUUCUGGUAUGAGAGUUGUAUUUAAAGAUCAAAGUGGUAUUAUAGAAGAUCUAUAUUUAGCAUAUGGUGGUAUGGCACCUACUACUGUCAUGGCUAAACAGACGAUGGAGCAGCUAAAAGGAAAGAAAUGGAAUGAAGAAAUUGUAAAAAUAGCCUGUGAAUAUUUAGAGAAAGAUUUACCAUUGUCUCAUGAUGCACCUGGUGGUACAGUAGAAUAUAGACAAACUCUUACUACAAGUUUCUUCUUUAAAUUCUAUCUCAGUGUAGCACAGCAGUUAGCACAGCGGGAUAUAGGUGAUCUGAAGGCUAUCCCUGAAACUGAUCUUAGUGCUAUCAAAAACCCUGACUAUAACGUCAGCCAAGGAAGUCAAAUCUUUGAAGACUCCAAAACUGAAUUAGGGAAGCCGUUACCGCACUCAUCUGCCUUACAACCUGCAUCUGGAGAAGCAGUUUACAUCGACGACAUGCCAGCCUUAACCGGAGAACUGUCACUCGUGCCAGUAUACAGCAAAAAACCUCAUGCUAAGAUAUUAAAUGUGGAUGUAGCUGAGGCGUUAACUGUACCAGGAGUAAAAGGGUAUAUCGACCAUAGAGAUGUCAAAGGAAAUAAUACCUACCCAGUAGCUGAGCAAGAUGAGCAUUUGUUCGCCAUUGAUGAAGUAAUUACUGAAGGUGAUGUUAUUGGUUGUAUAGUUGCUGAGUCUCAUUCAAUAGCCCGGAAAGCUCGAAAUAUGGUACAAGUUGGAUAUGAAGAUCUGCCUGCCGUUAUAAGUAUAGAGGAUGCCAUUAAGGCCAAUUCAUAUCUUGCAAAACCUAACACACGUACUUGUGGGGAUGUUGACAAAGCAUUCCCGUCUUGUGAGAAUACUUUGGAGGACGAAGUGUAUGUUGGAGCUCAAGAACAUUUUUACUUGGAACCCCAAUCAUCUAUAGUCGUACCUAAAGAAAACAGAGAGUUGGAUGUAUAUUGUUCAACACAAAGUCCACACUUAACACAAACGAAUGUGUGCGACAUUACCGGACUACCAGCACACAGAGUAAGAGUCAUUGUCAAAAGAUUAGGUGGAGCCUUUGGUGGAAAAGAAUCACACUGCGGGAGGUUUGCUGGACUAGCAGCGACUGCAGCUCUAAAGUAUAACCGCCCUGUACGCGUUGUAUUAGACAGAGACGAUGAUAUGGUGAUGACGGGAACACGGCAUCCAUUUCUCUUUAAGUUUAAGGUUGGAUUUUCGAAUGAUGGUAAAAUACAGUGCUUGGACAUAAGCAGUUAUUCAAACUGUGGAAACACUGGAGACCUUUCUUUGGCUGUUGUGGAUGCAGCUGUAUUAAGACUUACAAGUGCUUAUAAGAUACCAAAUUUACGGAUGACGGUUCAUGCUUGCAAGACCAACAUCAGCUCAAAUACAGCCUUUCGUGGAUUUGGGUUUCCCCAAUCUCUGAUGGUCAUCGAAUCUGCCAUUGAGGCAGUUUCUCAUCAUCUUGUGAUGGACCCACUUAAGGUUCGUCAACUUAAUUGCUAUAGAGAAGGUGAUCGAACACACCUCAACCAAAUCAUCUACGAUUGUCAUAUUCAAGAUUGCUUGGAUGGUUGCCUGAAACAGAGUGAUUACCAAACUCGACUGGGACAAAUAGAUCAAUACAAUAGAGAAAAUCGAUGGAGGAAAAGGGGAAUUGCAAUAGUACCAUUGAUGUAUGGAGUUUCUUUUGAAUUCAAAUUUAUGAAUCAGGCUGGUGCCCUGGUGAAUGUUUAUACAGAUGGUACAGUUCUCUUAGCUCAUGGUGGAACUGAAAUGGGACAGGGCAUUCAUGUCAAAAUGAUUCAGAUAGCAAGUGAAACAUUAGGUGUACCAUGUAGCAUAAUUCAUAUAAUUGAAACUGGCACUAACACUGUCCCCAAUACCAUAGCAACUGCUGCUAGUACAGGAUCAGAUCUUAACGGAAUGGCUGUGAAGAAUGCAUGUGAAAAGAUCAACAAGCGACUUGAACCCUUCAAAUGUGAACCCGGAACAACGUGGAAGGAUUGGGUUAUAAAAGCACAUUUUGAACGGGUUAGUCUGUCUGCUUCUGGUUUUCACAAAGUUGAAGGCUUGGGUUACAAGAAAGAAACGGAUGACGAAGUAAUCUACAAAUAUUAUUCCUUUGGUGCUGGGUGUUCUGAGGUCGAAAUUGAUUGCUUAACAGGAGACCACACGGUAUUGAGAACUGAUAUCGUCAUGGACCUUGGUAAAAGUUUAAAUCCAGCUGUAGAUAUCGGACAAAUUGAAGGUGGUUUCGUUCAGGGGUAUGGCCUCUACAUGUUAGAACAGUAUAAAGUUUCCCAAUCCGGAAAUCUUUUAACCAAAGGACCUGGGACCUAUAAAAUACCGUCUGUAGGGAACAUACCCAAGGUGUUCAACGUUACCUUGCUUAAAGAUAAACCUAAUCCAAAAGCUGUUUAUUCCUCUAAGGCAAUUGGUGAACCGCCAUUGUUAUUGGCAAUAUCCGUUUUCUUCGCUACCAAAGCUGCAAUAAUGGCGGCAAGAAAUGAUCAUGGGUUAGAAGGUUACUUCCGGUUAGACUCGCCAGCUACACCGGAUGUUAUCAGAAUGGCUUGUCAGGACCAGUUUGCAAAACAGUUUCCAGUAAAAAAAGAAAAUGGACUGAAAUCGUGGUUUGUGAAACAUCUGUAACUGAGAUGAACAAUUCAAAUUCUACAAAGGACAAAAUUUACGUUGCAAUGUUCAAAAUGUGUAUAUUAUAUCCCAGUCUAUAGCAGAUUGUGAAUCGAGCAAUUGUAUAGAGUCGCCAAGAGCUAAUUAUCAGUUACAUAUUUUAAUUCCAAAUCCUUACUCAGUUUUUCGAAAUAUUUCCCACACUAUUUAAACAGUAUUAAUAGAAAAAUAGUUAAAUCAACUACCAAACACAG